UCGUAAACAUGGUACAGACGGAUUUGAGAGCCUGGAAGACCACUGACAACAGCGAACUAGGAAACUCCCAAAAGAGGCUAGAAACAUCUCAUACAUGAUUAAGAUGUCAGGUGGUUGUGAUUACGUUGCGGCCACAACAUUUUUACUUUUAUUGAUUAUGCAAAUAAGCCAAUCGGAAUCAAAGAACUUAGGGAUCAAGAAGCGAUUUACACAGAUUGAUAUAUGCAGCGAGACGAUGAAAACAGGAAAAGCAGUCAAUUUUUGCCCAGAAGAUGUAGAGUCUAUGCGGCUAAGAUCAAAGGAAAAAAUGUGUGAAGAUAUGCAUGAUUCUUGUACCGAAGACCCGUUGGUGUAUCAUUGUGUGCGGUUUGGAAAUAGACUCAUCGAAGUGUGUGCUCCAAGGAAUUUUAUCACAGGAAACUGUUGUGUACAGUUCAACGAGGGAGUGGGUCGUAUUGUAGAGGAUUAUAACGUACCUUGUUCAGAGUGUCCUUUUCAUUACUAUUCGAAUGAAUCAUUAACAUAUCAAACCUGUUUUCAAUCAAUUAAAUCAAUGGCUAUUCUCGAGAAUUCUAUCGAAUCAACAUUUGUGGUAACUUCCAAAUCUUUAACAACUGCUGAACCCUCACCCAGAUCUAUGUCUUCAUCUCCAUCACGUAAUAGAACAAAAUGCAGGUCUGCAUCAGGACGCCAUAAACGCCAACCCAAUAAAAAUUGUAAAGUUUCAACAACUAAUGCAUAUGCUAUUCAAUCGAAUAAAACAACCAAAGCUAGCAAUAACAAUACAAGGCCUAUGGGUGAUGCAGAUUUUACCAUCAUGAUGGUUUUAGUUGUUGUGGCGGUGUUGAUUAUUAUUGGAAUCGGUACAGUGUUGCUAAAUUUUAAAGGUAUUCCUAAACAUAAAUUGUUUUUGAAGAAUUAUAAAACAGAUCAACCCAAGUCUGAAAGAAGCAGAGAGAGUCCCAGACGUAAAGACAACUAUUACAUACCAGCAAGGAACGACGAACCAGAGUAAAGUCCAACUUAAAAAGUUCUGCAAUUUAAAAAUAAUAUGUAAAAAUAAUGUGGUGGAUGUAGAAUCUGGAAUUGUUGAUAUCAUGGGACGUCUUUUAACAUCCAAUGCUGCAAAAAGCCAAAAGCUUGGAACCCCAAGUUUUAUUUUUAAUUUCAUUUUUACAACCCAUAAUGAAGCAAUAAUUAUAUUUAUAAGGUUUUUUUUUACUUUAAAACAUGUACAUUAUACAUAAAAGUACAAGGGACAAAUAUUUUUUUAUUAAUAUCUGUUUCUUAUCAACACCUAAUAUAGACUUUGCUAUCGACAUUUAGUCUUAACAAGCGUGAUUCCUAUAGCAUUGUUUUCUUACUCUUCGUGUUAACAAGGUAUUAUUAUACAGUUAUGGACUUCAGUGUAGGUCGAUAUUUGGUUAUAAGGACUCCUGGCAAUUGAUAUUGACCAAAGACACAGAGGUUGAUAGCGACCGAGCCUGUGAGGUCCCUAUGAUUUUCUGUGUCUGAGGUCAAUAUGAAUUGCCAGAGUCCUUAUAACCACAUAUUGACCGUUCACUGAAGACCAUAAAAGUUAUAUUAUAUAAUCUCUCAAAGUUAAUAAACUAACACAGCACUUACACGUACUAAACAGACUUGGCUUGGCUGUAAUUACGUUACAGUGUUAAAAACACGCUUCUCAUACUAUGUCGCCACAUUUAACGUAACUUCAGUGCAACCGAACCCUGUGUCGUGCGUUAUCAUUUUCCGCCCAGGCACUUUCGCAUCGUUAUCACAAAAGGAGGAAUAUCAUGUGACGUCCCUUCAGCCGAUGAAAAUAACGAAAAUAAUCUUCUUAUAAAUAUAUACUUGUCAAAAUUUCUAAGUCCCCACUUUUAGGUUUUCCAAAAGUUCAAAACCUUAAUUUCAAUGUAUUAGUUACUUAGGAUUUUGCCUUUAAUUUGCAAUACUCACCUGUCAAUGCCAAAAAAAAUUUAAUCGAAUGUGAAAUAACUCGACCGUGACCGUUUUUGUUAAAAAGCAUGAAGUUCGAGUUCCAUAUGUUUUUUUAGGGUGUAUUCUUCAUAUUUAUUACUUCCAUGUGUUCUCCAUCUUUAAUUGAUAACGAAAAACAGAAAAAAAGUUUGAUUAAAAUGCGGUGUUUGUCCACACAUCAAUGUAAAAGUAAAGUUGAAAUGACCAAAGCUGGUCGUAGUUAACGAGAGUUCUGUUUCCUUUCACUGUAUGACUUUAUUUUACUUAAAACCUUUAUAAUUAUCGCCCCAAAAACCUACAAAACAUACCUGAAUUCCUUCUAAUCAUUAGAAAUCGCUAGUUUUCAACAAACACAACAAAAUCAUCCUAGAGUUUUACCCGGAAAAAUAAAUGGAACAGGAA